AUGAAACCAGGUCCACUCGAUAUGGGCUAUGCCCGACCUCUCGAGUUCAAUCUGUCGGUCAUCGUGAGGACCAAUCCUAGCCCGCUCGACUUUCAAUUCGCUGCCGAUACCCUUGUUUCACAAUGGCCCGUACUAAACUUGCGAAUGAACCCGUUGAAAACAAAAUUCUUGCAUCCAAAGGACCCCGGUGACCUGGCCGAGGUAUGGCAAGGAAAAAGUCUUAAACAAGACCUCAGCGAGAUUCUCCAAGUUUCCCUCAAGCCGGACUGCCCACAGAUGAUUGACUCCGAGGCACUCGAUAAGGCAUUGGAUUUUGGGUAUGGAAUUUCGCAUGCAUGGAUGCAGCGGGUCUUCUCCAUACGAACGGUAUUCUUGAACGAUUCCUGCAUAAUAGGGUUCAAGUUUCUGCAGCCCCUCUGUGAUGCAAAUGGUGCGCAUCAAAUAAUCCAGGCUUAUUGCACUCUCCUCGGGGGAGAGAACAUUACCCAUACCCUCCAUGCCCGACCACCUUUGUCAUUGAAAUCAGAAGUACUCCAAAAAUGCGCCGAGAAGAUUGAGUCUCAUCAGAUUGCAGACCUGCACAAAUAUUCGAUGCGUCGCACUUGGGUAGCCGGAAUCGGGGCUCUCGGGAAGCAGAUCGCGCGAAACAUAUGCUACCCUUCUGCGAGACGGAUCGGCAAGACCUUGUACAUCCCCCGAGGGCAAAUCCAGGACUGGGUAGAAGAGGCCGAAAUCUUAAAGGCCAAGGUAACUGAGCAUGAUCUCGUGGCAGCCUUUAUCUACAAGGCUUCUUUACAUCCACCUACUGCCCACAGCUUCGGCCUAGCCAUCGACAUCUCAAAACAACUCCAGUCGGAGGCAAAUCUCUCCAACCCUUGGUACAUGAUGCCCCUACCAGAUCCAAUUCCAACAAGCGAAUACAGCACUCCUUCAUUGGUUCGACUCGCAACAUACAUCCGGCGUGCGGUUCACGAGGGCCAGCGAUCAGAAUGCAUUGGAGAGAUCGUCGACCAGCACAAGAGUCUGAAGAAAAGCCCCAUGGUGCCAAAAUCAUACGGUAGCCGAGCAGCUCAACCGCGCAUCGCUUCUUGGAAAAAUCUGCCGCUUUUUGAUCUCGAUAUCCAAGGGGAAACUCCGCUCUUUGUACAGGGUAGUGUUGACUACUGUGGGCUUCUGCGCGAGACCAAAACCCGCUUGGAUGAUUUGUUGGUGACGUGGAAAGCACAGGGCCGGGAUGGGGAGGAUGGUGGUUAUUGGGUUCAUGGGAGACUGCCCGAAGCUGUUUGGAGGCGUAUGGCGGAUGAUUUGGACUGCUGA